AACGUGCUUGCAGACAACACGUGUCUCAUUAGCAGGAAGCCAUUUUGCUCCUAUCUCGAAACGAAGACUCUCAGAACUCAUCUAAGAUGCCACGUGGAAAGGGUUUCCGCAGGUCCCAGGCGGCCAAGAGGAGGAAUGCUGAGCGUUACACGCUCGGUUCCUUCAUGGAUGUCAUUGAGGUUAUGCCUCCUUUAAAACAAAAGGCUGCUCCCCACAGCUCUGACAAACAGAGCCAUGAGAACGCUGACAGAGAGAAUGCCGACAGAGAGAACGCUCACAGAGAAAACUGUUUGAAUUGCCGUAAGGCUCCUGAAAAUGUUCCAAACUCUAUCACAAAUGUUCCAAAGUCUGCUACAAGUGUUGCCAAAAGUGUUCCAAAGUCUACCAAAAGUGUUCCAAAGUCUGCCACAAGUGUUACUAAAAGUGUUCCAAAGUCUGCCACAAGUGUUACUAAAAGUGUUCCAAAGUCUGCCACAAGUGUUACUAAAAGUGUUCCAAAGUCUGCCACAAGUGUUACUAAAAGUGUUCCAGAGUCUGCCACAAGUGUUCCAGUGUCUAGCAAAAGCUGGAGUGAUGUUACCAGAGCUUCACUUGUCAAUAACUCUGGUUAUUUUCCACAGAAAGUCAUAUGUGGUUCUUUCCAUCAGGGUGAUGCGCGAUUUGGUUCGAACAGAAACCGUCAGUGUGCAGUGAACAGUAUCACAGCAGUCAUGACGAGUGUGCUGAAGGAUGUGCUGACGUGGACAACAGAGGACCUGAAUGCUGUUCUGUUGCAUGGAGAUGAGCUGUAUACAUCAAUGACACUGCAGGGGCAGAUCCACGAUCGAACAGGGCUGGGUCAUAUUUCUGUUGCAGAAAUGCCAAGACUGCACACACUUGAUAACACAACAUUCUCAAUAAAGCAUGGAGAAUCUUUCUGUGGUGUUAUUGGUGUUGAUGUCUAUGAUGAAUCAUUGCGAGAUGUGUCUAUGUCUAUAGAAGAAGCACUUCAAAGGGCUCUGCUUCAGUAUGAUGCAUGUUUGUUAAACAUUAAACAUUACAUUUGUGCAGUCAUAAAGGCAGGGACAGUAUUUGCUCUAGUGGAUCCCCAUUCACGUAAUGCAUGUAACAUUGAAGUGGAUGAUCAGAGCACAAGUCGCAAUUUGCGAAAAAGGAAAUUAAAUGACACAGAAGAGUAUUCUAAAAGUAAAAGAGAACGUCAGAGAUACCACAGCGACUCCAAUUUCAGACAGAAAAAAACUGAGAACAUUAGAACGAAAUACUGUGAAGACAGUGAUUACAGGCAGAAAAAGAUUCAGGACAUCAGAAAGAAAUACGGUGAAGACAGUGAUUACAGGCAGAAAAAGAUUCAGGACAUCAGAAAGAAAUACGGUGAAGACAGUGAUUACAGGCAGAAAAAGAUUCAGGACAUCAGAAAGAAAUACGGUGAAGACAGUGAUUACAGGCAGAAAAAGAUUCAGGACAUCAGAAAGAAAUACGGUGAAGACAGUGAUUACAGGCAGAAAAAGAUUGAGAACAUCAGAACGAAAUACUGUGAAGACAGUGAAUAUAGGCAGAAAAAGAUUGAGAACAUCAGAAAGAAAUACGGUGAAGACAGUGAUUUCAAGGAGAAAAAAUUGGAAAAUCUUAGAGAUAAAUAUAAGAGCAAUAUCAAUGUACAACAGUCAAAACCUGAUGAAGUUGAAAAUUGUGAUGAUGAUUUUGAAAUGGAGGAACAAGAUGUAACAGACAAAAAUGAAGAUGAGAAAGUAGUUCAAGAUGAUCCAGAAGAAGACAUAACAUAUAUUAAAGAACAAAGUGGUCUUUUGUCAGAUACAUCGCUGCAACCUGUUGAUCUGGGUUCAGAGAUAAUAGAUCAACAUUUUCAUGAUGUGCUGAAUGUAGCACCAGCUGAAGGUAACAGUCCUAUUAGACUGCUAUCCGAUAAAUCCAAUGAGGCAAAGUGUUUCCCUGUUCUCUAUCCUAUUGGUGGCCCGACAUUCCAUGAUGAAAGACCAGAAAAAAUCACAUUGUCAAGAUACCUGAAUGCAAGAUUACUAAAUGCAGAUGGACGUUUUGCACAGAGCACAGACUUCAUUUUUUAUGCACAAUAUUUAUCAGAACUUGAUCAAAUUGUAUCCAAUGUCUCAAUUGCACUUAGGAAAGGCUCUGAGAAAAAUUGCUUAAAAGUAACAGCAGAUAUGCUAACAAACUCUGAUUCCUUGAAAAGAAUAUUAAAUUAUGAUGAAGGAUAUAAGUUCUUAAGACCGGUAAGAGGGACACCUCCCUAUUGGAUGUCUACGCAAAAAGAUCUGUUUGCCCUAAUUAGACAACUAGGCAUACCUACUUUUUUUGCAUCUUUUAGUUCUGCUGAUCUGAGAUGGCCUGAAAUGAUGAACACUAUUAUUAAGCAAGAGGGGAAACAAAUAAAUGUCGAUGAGCUUGACUGGUCUGAAAAAUGUGGACUCAUAAGACGAAAUCCUGUCACUGCAGCAAGGAUGUUUGAUCACAGAUGGCAUUGUUUUCUAAAAAAUGUCAUAAUGUCUCCAGCAAAGCCUAUCGGCGAGAUAAAAGACUACUUUUAUCGUGUUGAAUUUCAACAACGUGGUUCUCCUCAUGUUCACUGUCUGUUUUGGGUGGAAGAUGCUCCGAAGCUCAAUGAUCAUGAUGCAGACAAUGAUGCUCUGGUUGCUGACUUUAUUGACACGUACAUCACUUGUGAGACACCACCAGAAAAUGACACUGUACUUUACGAGACAGUGAACAGUGUCCAGAAGCACAGUACAAGACAUUCAAAAACAUGUCGUAAGAAAAAUACAGUUUGUAGAUUUAAUUUUCCAAGACCGCCAUCUAGUCGGACCUUCAUUACAAGAGAAACCAAUGCAGAUGAGUUAAAAGGCAAUGGUGAAGAUACAACAGCAAAUGCAAUCAUAAAGAAAGUGAAAACCGCUUUAAACUCUGAUGUGAAUUUUGAUUCGGUUGAUGCCUUUUUUUCAUCUAUUGGGAUUAAUCAAACUAUGUUUGAAAAAGCAUACAACGAAUGUUCCAAAAAGAAAAGUAUUGUCUUAAAAAGAAAUCCAAAAGAUGUUUGGGUAAAUCAGUAUAACAGAGAUUUAAUGCGUGCUUGGCAAGGCAAUAUGGAUAUUCAGUAUGUUACAGAUGCUUUUUCUGUAGUGGUCUACAUACUAAGUUACAUUACAAAAGCAGAACAAGAAAUGGGACUCCUGCUUCAACGUGCACAAAAUGAAGCGAUGAAUGGAAAUCUUGAAGUUAAAGAAUCAUUAAAACAGUUGGGAAGUAUCUAUCUUCACAACAGAGAAAUUUCAGCUCAAGAGGCAGUGUACAGACUGACAGGCAUGCAUUUGAAGGAAUGUUCCCGUAAAGUACAAUUUAUUCCAAUAGGACAAAACCCUGUAAAGAUGAGUUUGCCUUUGCAUAUACUCCAAAACAAAAUGGAAAAUGACCAGUCUGAUGAUGAAAGCUAUUUGUGGAUGACAAGUGUCACUGACAGGUACAAGAACAGACCAGAGAAAGAACCUCUGGAAAAUCUAUGUCUUGCCAGUUUUUGUUCGGAAUACAGAGUUCUGACAAAAUCAGAGGUUUCCUCACAAAAAAAAACAGCAGAAAAUGAAUUAAUUAAACUCAAUAACAAUAACGGUCAUGUAAAACGGAGGACACGGACUGAACCUGCAGUAGUGAGGUAUCCAAGAUUUUCUCCCACAAAAGAUCCAGAAAAAUAUUAUCAUUCAUUAUUGCAGCUUUUCUUUCCACAUUAUGAUGACUCUGAUCUGAAGCCUAGCAAGUAUGACACAUAUGAGGAGUUUUACAACAGCGGUGUCAUAAAAAUGGGUUCUGAAGUGAAACAAGUCAAACUGAUUGUUGAUGGCAACAGAGCAUUGUUUGAAAAGGAAAGUGACAAAAUAGACAGAGCUAAACAGCUUUUGGAACAGGAUAUUGAUUUGGAAGAUGCUUGGGCCCAGAUUUGCCCUGAAACCGAAAAACAGCGUGAUGAAUGCAUCGAACUGAUGAAGGAUAAACUAUUGCUCGAUGAAGAUGACAGUCAAGAACUUAUUCCAGAUCUUACAGCAAACCCUCAAACUGUGUGUACCAUUGAAACAAACCACACUACAAUGCCUAGAGAGGAGGCACUGCAUUUACUAAGGUCAUUAAACAAGGAACAAUCUGCUGUGUUCUACAAAGUACGGAAAUGGUGUUUACAGAAAUUACUAGGACAAAACCCAGAACCAUUUCGAUUAUUUCUUACUGGUGGAGCAGGUACAGGAAAAAGUCAUCUAAUUAAAGCAAUACAAUAUGAAUCUUGCAGACUAUUAUCUCAACUUUCUGAGAAUCCUGAUGACAUUACUGUACUUUUGACAGCUUCAACCGGAGUUGCUAGCUUUGGCAUUGGAGGAGGAACUAUACAUAAUAAACUUUCAAUUGGUGCAAAUGCGAGACUGCCAUAUCAGCCUCUUAGCGAUGACAAAAUAAACUCGUUGCGUACAAAAUUGGGUACUUUGCAAAUUUUGAUUAUUGAUGAAGUGUCCAUGGUUGACCAUCGUCUUUUGUCAUACAUUCAUGGAAGGUUGCGACAAAUAAAACAAACUGGUGACUACUCUCUCUUUGGGAAAGUCAGUAUUCUUUGUGUUGGGGAUUUCUAUCAACUUCCUCCCGUAAAAGGAACCGCUCUCUAUGCUGAUACAAAGGGAGUGAACCUAUGGGAAAAGAACUUUGAACUUGCUGAAUUAACUAAAGUUGUUCGACAACAAGAUUCAAGUUUUGCUGAAAUGUUAAAUCGGCUCAGAGUACAUAAGAAAAAUGAAUGUCUUACCACCAAUGACAUUGGUAUGUUAAAAAAAUGUGAAUCAGGAGAUAAGUGUAAUGAUAUUCACAUAUUUGCUACAAAUGCUGAAGUUGAUAAAUAUAACUUGGAAAGGCUACAUGAAUGUUGCCCAGAGGCAAUUAGUAUAAACGCUCAAGAUUACGUCAAAAAUUCAAAAACUGGACGAAUGGAACGUAAAGUUGGAUUUCAUGCAAAAGUUUUCAACUCAUCUUUGUCUAAAUGUGUUUCCCUGGGUAUUGGAGCAAGAGUUAUGCUGAAAAAAAAUAUUGAGGUUGCUGAUGGUCUUGUCAAUGGAGCGUUUGGCACAGUUGUCCACAUAAGUGAAAGUCAAAACAAUGAUAAUGAUUUCCCAUCAGCUAUACACGUGGAGUUUGAUGAUCCAAAUGUCGGUAAAAUUCAGAGAUCUAAAACAUGCCAUAGAUUUUCCCAGAAUUCAACAGUAAUUGAAGUACAAGAAGAUCAAGUCACAAAUGAUGGUGGUAUAAGGCGUCAGUUUCCUCUCAGAUUGGCAUGGGCAUGCACAGUUCAUAAAGUGCAAGGACUCACAGUAGACAGAGCUGUUGUAUCACUUAAGAAAAUCUUUACAGCAGGGCAAGCAUAUGUUGCAUUGAGCAGAGUAAGAUCUCUCAGUGGCUUAAUAAUUGAGGACUUUAAAGACUCUGCCAUAUUUUGUAAUGACAAAAUUGAGUUGGCUAUGAAAGAUAUGCCAAAAUUGUCUAUGGAAAAGGACAGUUUCACUGAAUCACUUG